CCCGGACGGCCCCACCCCCAGCUCUUCCUCCCGGCGCUCGGGCGGGCGCGCGGUCGGCCGGGUGGGCGCUGCGCGCGGAGGGCACGGCGGCGGACAUGCGGGCCCCUGCGCUCUGGCCGGCGCUGGCCGUGCUGGCGGCGGCCGCUGGCUGCGCGCGGGCGGCCAUGGACGAGUGCGCGGACGAGCGCGGGCGGCCGCAGCGCUGCAUGCCCGAGUUCGUCAACGCCGCCUUCAACGCCACGGUGGUGGCCACCAACACGUGCGGGAGCCCGCCCGAGGAGUACUGCGUGCAGACCGGGGUGACCGGGGUCACCAAGUCCUGCCACCUGUGCGACGCCGCGCAGCCGCACCUGCGGCACGGCGCCGCCUUCCUCACCGACUACAACAACCAGGCCGACACCACCUGGUGGCAGAGCCAGACCAUGCUGGCCGGCGUGCAGUACCCCAGCGCCAUCAACCUCACGCUGCACCUCGGCAAAGCCUUCGACAUUACCUAUGUGCGCCUCAAGUUUCACACCAGCCGCCCCGAGAGCUUUGCCAUCUACAAGCGUGCGCGGGAGGAUGGGCCCUGGGUGCCCUACCAGUACUACAGCGGCUCGUGUGAGAACACCUAUGGCCGGGCCAGCCGAGGCUUCAUCCGCACGGGCGAGGACGAGCAGCAGGCGCUGUGUACGGACGAGUUCAGCGACAUCUCCCCACUCACUGGCGGCAACGUGGCCUUCUCCACGCUGGAAGGGCGGCCCAGCGCCUACAACUUCGACAACAGCCCUGUGCUGCAGGAGUGGGUGACAGCCACAGACAUCAGGGUCACCCUGAACCGGCUCAACACCUUCGGGGACGAGGUGUUUAGUGACCCCAAGGUCCUCAAGUCCUACUACUAUGCCAUCUCCGACUUCGCCGUGGGCGGCAGGUGUAAGUGUAACGGCCAUGCCAGCGAAUGUGUGAAGAACGAGCUGGGCCAGCUGGUGUGCAACUGCAAGCACAACACGUACGGUGUGGACUGUGAGAAGUGCCUGCCCUUCUUCAACGACCGGCCCUGGAGGAGGGCCACUGCCGAGAGCGCCAGCGAGUGCCUGCCCUGUGACUGCAACGGGCGCUCUGAGGAAUGCUACUUCGACCCCGAGCUGUACCGCUCCACCGGCCACGGCGGCCACUGCGUCCGCUGCCGCGACCACACGGCUGGCGCCCACUGCGAGCGCUGCCUGGAGGACUUCUUCCGCCUGGGGAGCAGCGAGGCCUGCUCGCCGUGCCACUGCAGCCCGGUCGGUUCGCUCAGCACACAGUGUGACAGCUAUGGUCGCUGCAGCUGCAAGCCAGGGGUGACGGGCGACAAGUGUGACCGCUGCCAGCCUGGCUUCCACUCCCUGACUGAGGCCGGCUGCAGGCCGUGCUCCUGCAACCCGGCUGGCAGCGCCGAUGAGUGCAGCGUGGAGACAGGCAGAUGCGUGUGCAAGGAGCAUGUGGAGGGCUUCAGCUGUGAGAGGUGCAAGCCCGGCUUCUUCAACCUGGACCCCUCGCAGCCUGGUGGCUGCACGCCCUGCUUCUGUUACGGCCACUCAUCCGUCUGCACCAGCGCCCCUGGGUACAGCAUCCACACUGUGUCCUCCACCUUCCAUGCUGACGAGGACGGCUGGCGCGUGGAGCAGAGGGACGGCUCCGAGGCCUCUCUCGAGUGGUCAUCCGAGCGCCAGGAUGUGGCUGUGAUCUCCGACAGCUACUUCCCAAGAUACUUCGUGGCGCCAGCCAAGUUCCUGGGCAGCCAGCUGCUGAGCUACGGCCAGAAUCUGUCCUUCUCUUUCCGUGUGGACAGGCGGGACACCCGCCUCUCUGCGGAGGAUGUGGUGCUGGAGGGGGCCGGCGUGCGUGUGGCCGUGCCCUUGAUUGCUCAGGGCAACGCCUACCCCAGCGAGACGGCCGUCAAGUAUGUCUUCAGGCUCCACGAGGCAGUUGACUACCCCUGGCGGCCAGCUCUCAGCGCCUUCGAGUUCCAGAAGCUCCUCAAUAAUUUGACAGCCAUCAAGAUUCGGGGCACCUACAGUGAGAGGAGCGCAGGGUACCUGGAUGACGUCACCCUGGCCACUGCUCGCCUGGGACCCGGGGUCCCUGUCAACUGGGUGGAGUCCUGCACCUGCCCUGUGGGCUACGGAGGGCAGUUCUGCGAGACGUGCCUUCCUGGCUACCGACGAGAGAUGCCGAGCCUCGGCCCGUACAGUCCCUGUGUGCUGUGUACCUGCAAUGGGCACAGUGAGACCUGCGACCCUGAGACAGGCGUCUGCGACUGCAGGGACAACACAGCUGGUCCCCAGUGCGAGCGGUGCGGUGACGGCUACUAUGGGGAUUCCACCACGGGCACCUCUGCCGACUGCCAGCCCUGCCCGUGUCCUGGAGGCUCCAGCUGCGCCAUGGUCCCCAAGACAAAGGAGGUGGUGUGCACCAACUGCCCCACGGGCACCACUGGUAAGAGGUGUGAGCUCUGUGACGACGGCUACUUCGGGGACCCUCUGGGGAGGAACGGGCCCGUGAGGCUGUGCCGGCCUUGCCAGUGCAGUGACAACGUGGACCCCAACGCCGUGGGGAACUGCAACCGCUCCACGGGCGAGUGCCUCAAGUGCAUCUACAACACUGCUGGCUUCUACUGUGAUCGCUGCAGGGAUGGCUUCUUCGGGAACCCCCUGGCCCCCAGCCCCGCCGACAAGUGCCGAGCAUGCGACUGCAACUCCUAUGGGACUGUGAGGCAGCACGGUGGCUGCGACCCGGUGACCGGGCAGUGUGAGUGUCUGUCCCACGUGGCCGGCCGUGACUGUGGGACCUGUGAGCCUGGCUUCUACAACCUACAGAGUGGGCGCGGCUGCCAGAGGUGUGACUGCCAUGCCUUGGGCUCCACCGACGGGCAAUGUGACAUCCGCACGGGGCAGUGUGAGUGCCAGCCAGGCGUCACUGGCCAGCGCUGCGAGCGCUGUGAGGUCAACCACUUCGGGUUCGGACCUGAAGGCUGCAAACCCUGUGACUGCCACCCCGAGGGGUCCCUGUCGCUGCAGUGCAGGGAGGACGGGGGCUGCGAGUGCAGGCCAGGCUUUGUGGGCAGCCGCUGCGACCAGUGUGAGGAGAACUACUUCUAUAACCGGUCCUGGCCCGGCUGCCAGGAGUGCCCGGCCUGCUACCGGCUGGUGAAGGACAAGGUGGCCGAGCAUCGAGCCAAGCUGCAGGAAUUAGAGAGCCUCGUGGCCAGCCUGGGCACAGGGGACGAGGCGGUGACGGACCAGGCCUUUGAGGACCGGCUGAAGGAGGCCGAGCGAGAGGUCACGGACCUGCUCCGGGAGGCCCAGGACGUUAAAGACGUGGACCAGAACCUGCUGAGCCGGCUCCAGAGGGUGAACAGCACACUGUCCAGCCAGAUCAGCCGUCUACAGAACAUCCGCAAGACCAUCACAGAGACAGCAGGCCUGGCCGAGCAGGCCCACAGCCGCGUGCGGAGCACUGAACGCCUGAUAGAAAUAGCAUCCAGGGAGCUGGAGCGUGCCAAGGUGGCCGCGGCCAACGUGUCUAUUACACAGCCUGAGGCCACCGGGGACCCAAACAACAUGACGCUGUUGGCAGAAGAGGCCCGCAGACUCGCUGAACGCCAUAAGCAAGAAGCUGACGACGUUGUCCGCGUGGCCACCACGGCCAACGACACAUCUGCUGAGGCGUUUGCCCUGCUGCUGCGGACGCUGGCGGGAGAAAACCAGACAGCGCUGGAGAUCCAGGAGCUCAACUGGAAGUACGAGCAAGCAAGGAAUCUCUCCCGGGACCUGGAAGCACAGGCUGCCCGCGUGCAUGAGGAGGCCAAGCGGGCAGGAGACAAGGCUGUGGAGAUCUAUGCCAGCGUGGCCCAGCUGAGCCCUGUGGACUCAGAGGCCCUGGAGAACGAGGCACGCAGGAUACAGAAGGAAGCCGAGGACCUGGACCGGCUGCUGGACCAGAAGCUGCAGGACUACGAGGACCUGCGGGACGACAUGCGCGCCAAGGAGCUGGAGGUGCAGACGCUCCUGGAAAAGGGCAGGACGGAGCAGCAGACUGCAGACCAGCUGCUCGCCCGUGCCGAUGCUGCCAAGGCGCUUGCCGAGGAGGCCGCCAAGCGGGGCCGUAACACUUUGCAGGAAGCCAACGACAUCCUCAACAACCUGAAUGACUUUGACAGGCGUGUGAACGACAACAAGACAGCCGCCGAGGAGGCACUGCGCAGGGUCCCUGCCAUCAACCGGACCAUCGCUGAGGCCAAUGAGAAGACACAGGGGGCACAGUUGGCACUGGGCAACGCCGCAGCAGACGCCACCGAGGCCAAGCACAGGGCCCACGAGGCCGAGAGGAUCGCCAGCGCCGUCCAGAAGAACGCAACCAGCACCAAGGCAGAGGCCGAGCGGACGUUCGCGGAGGUCACUGACCUGGACCAGGAGGUGAGCGACAUGCUGAAGCAGCUGCAGGACGCAGAGCAGGAACUGAAGCAGAAGCAGGAGGAUGCCGAGCAGGACAUGAUGAUGGCCGGGAUGGCAUCACAGGCUGCUCAGGAAGCCGAGAUCAACGCCAGGAAAGUCAAGAACUCGGCCACCAGCCUGCUGGGCAUCAUCAAUGACCUCCUGCAGCAGCUGGGGCAGUUGGACACCGUGGACCUGAACAAGCUCAACGAGCUCGAGGGCAGCCUGAGCAGAGCCAAAGGGGAGCUGGAGGCCAGCGGGCUGCUGCGCAAGGUGUCGGACCUGGAGGACGAGGCCCGGAAGCAGGAGGCCGCCCUGCUGGGCUAUGACCGCGACAUCAAGGAGGUGCUGCAGGACAUCCAAAACCUGGAGGACAUCCGGCGCAGCCUGCCGUCCGGCUGCUUCAACACACCGUCCAUCGAGAAGCCCUGACGCCCC